CGGGACUGCGGUCGCAACCAAACGCAUCUCCUCAGUUUGUGUUCGUUGGUGAUAGCGUGCGACAAGUUUAACAACGGUAUACGAUGCGCUAGCUGUGCGCGGAAUUCUGGAUUCGACAUUCAAAUUUGAAUUUUUUUCUAAUUGUUUUCAAAACUAUAGACAACAUGUGGAGGUGUGCUUCUAUUUUACUGUUUACGACAUUAACUUUCACUUGCUCUCAGGCUGACGUGGUUCGGGAUGCUCGAGGUGUAUUUACGAAAAACUUUUUUGGUGGUGUGUGGGGCAACCGGCCCCCACUCAUGGAGAACAAUUUACCGAAGACUACGUGCACCUGCAAAUGCGGUGAAAGAAACGAGGUGUCUCGCAUAGUUGGUGGUGAAGAGGCAGGCACGAAUGAGUUUCCGUGGAUCGCCCGUCUGACUUACUUUAAGAGGUUCUAUUGUGGUGGAAUGCUCAUCAAUGAUCGAUAUGUACUCACAGCUGCUCACUGCGUUAAAGGCUUUAUGUGGUUUAUGAUAAAAGUGACUUUCGGCGAACAUAACCGAUGCAACGCGACCAUCCGGCCAGAGACUCGGUUCGUCCUGCGCGCCAUUGCUAACAAAUUCAGUCUAUCAAAUUUCGAUAACGACAUAGCGUUGUUACGACUAAAUGAACGAGUGCCUAUAUCUGAUGCCAUCAAACCAAUAUGUCUUCCAUCUAACAAUAAUAACCUGUACGUUGGUGUGAAAGCGGUCGCUGCCGGGUGGGGCACUCUCACCGAAGAGGGGAAGGUGUCCUGCACACUACAAGAAGUCGAGGUACCCGUCAUCAGCAAUGAAGAUUGCAGGAAAACCAAGUAUACAGCAUCGAUGAUCAGUGAUAACAUGCUUUGCGCAGGAUAUCCGAAAACUGGAGAGAAGGAUUCGUGUCAGGGUGACAGCGGCGGUCCACUUAUAACUGAGAGAAAGUACGACAAACGCUACGAACUAAUAGGCGUCGUGUCUUGGGGCAAUGGAUGCGCGAGAGUUGGUUAUCCAGGCGUUUAUACAAGGGUUACCAAUUAUUUAGAUUGGAUUCGAGAAAAUACGAAAGAUGCAUGUUAUUAUUCUUUAAUAUUCAUUUUAGCGUUUGUGUCUGUGGGACUUUCAAUGAAUAAGGAUGCACUACAAGUCACUGAAACUUCAUUUCGAUCACCUUUACAGUUUGAUUACUUUGCAGAAAAAAAAGUUCCAGACUGUCAAAAUUGCGGUUGUGGUGACCGCAACGAAGAACUGCGGGUAGUGGGUGGUGUUGGAUCUAAUAUGAACGCUUACCCAUGGCUUGCCCGACUCAUUUACCAUAAAUCCUUUGGUUGUGGAGCUUCGUUGAUUAACGACCGAUAUGUCAUAUCCGCCGCGCAUUGUGUGAAAGGUUUCAUGUGGUUCAUGUUUCGAGUAACUUUUGGUGAACAUAAUCGCUGCGAUCGCACGCCGCCACCAGAUAGUCGCUUUGUGGUAAAGAUAAUUGCCCAUAAUUUCUCCUUGACAACCCUAAUGAAUGACAUCGCCUUGAUACAUUUGAAUAAGCCGAUUACUUACUCACAUGCUGUAAGGCCUGUCUGCUUACCCACAAAUCCAGAUAAAGAUUAUGUAGGUACCAUGGCCUUAGUCGCCGGUUGGGGGGCGACAGGAGAGACUGGGAAUUGGUCAUGUACAGUUCUAGAAGCAGACCUGCCGGUACUUAGCAAUGAAGUGUGUCAAAGUACUAAUUAUAAUGCUUCCAAAAUCAAAGAUGUCAUGAUGUGUGCUGGAUAUCCCGCUACAGCGCAUAAAGAUGCUUGUACGGGUGACAGUGGUGGUCCUUUGGUUGCAGAAAAUAAGGAUCAUGCAUAUGAAUUAAUAGGUAUCGUAUCCUGGGGCUAUGGUUGUGCAAGAAAAGGUUAUCCGGGAGUAUACACCAGAGUAACCAAAUACCUGGAUUGGAUUAGAGACAACACUGCAGAUGGAUGUUACUGUAGUUAUUAAGACGUUAUUAUAGAUUAAUAUAUAAAGGAUAAAAAAAUAUUACUAUCUAUGGCUAUUAAAUUGAAAGAGGCAAUUAUAUUCAAAAUAAAUGUAAUAUAGUUAAAUAGAAGUGAAAGCGAACAAAUUAAAAGAAGAAGGAACUACUUCAGAACUUCACUGUUAAAAUAAAAAAGAAAUAUUUUCAUUUGUUUGAUAUUUUUAUAAGAUCUAUAAAACGAUAAGACUGCAACGAGACAAAAAGGAAGGGAGCUAAACAAUAAUAUGAUUUUUAUGGGUUCCUUUACCUGUAAUCUUAAUCCACUAAAUUCUUUUUAAAUGAGCAUUAUAAAUUAGUUAAUAUUUCACUACCUGGACUAGUCUGUGUGUCAUAAAAUCAUAACUUGUACAACGAACUUCAUGAAAUUUGAAGAUGUAAUUCGGUAGCUAGAAAGACGAUAGUAAUCAAUACUGAGAUAGAAUUAAAAUAUAGUGAAAUAAUAUAUGACGAGUAUAGAGUUUUAUCUAUUAGUUAAAUUUACACACAACAUUUUGUUCGUUUAUAUAAAAGUAUUUUAUGAAAUAUAUUAUAAUAUAGCAAACAAUA